AUGAGCUUCACACCAGUCCCAAAAACCCUUGUCCAGGCCUUCUUCUUCUUUCUUUUCGUUUUUCCGUUUGCAACACCAACGGUGAGGCGGCGGCGAAAGGCGCCAGAAAGGAAAACACUGUGUCGCACAACCAAAACGGGAUGCUGUCCAAGGUUGCAAGUGUUUGUAUAUACGCCAGCCACCACCAACCAGACCAACACCAGAGGACAAUUGCCGCCCAGACACUCGCCCGCGUCCUAUGUGGACCUCUGCAAUUAUCUAAUACAGCCGCUAGAUACAGCCUUGCGGGCUUUGGUUGCGAAUGUUUCGAAGCUGGGUGGAGACUCGGGAUCUGAGAUGGAGAGAUGCCCGAUGCUACCAGGCAUUGAUCACAAUACCGUCCCUCAAAGUGCACCCAGUACUUGA